AUAACAAACAAACAAAAAAAAAAAAAGUCACCAAAAGAAUCUCCCGUUUGGUUUAUCUGUGCCGUUCCAAUAUUUGGUCGUCCACCCUUUCCAUGCACCAUCUUCCUUCGUCGUCCCCUCACCGGACGACGAAGGACUCCGCCGACAAUUUCCCGUCGAAUCCGUGAAAAAAUCUUCCAUCAUUCGGAUUCGUUUCUGAUUCGAUUCUUUACGUUUUCCGUCAACGAACGUAAAAAGAAAAACGUAACAUAAUGUCGUUUCUCGGGCCAUCGCAGAUCUUGGAGCUGAACAUAAUCUCGGCACAAGAUCUCGCUCCGGUGGCUCGAUACAUGAAGACGUACGCGAUCGCAUGGCUCGACCCGGAGCGCAAGCUCACGACACGUGUCGACAACACGGGCGGGACCAGCCCCACGUGGAACGACAAGUUCGUGUUCCGUCUGGACGAGGAAUCACUCUACGACGAGACAUCGUUAGUCGUCAUCGAGAUCUACGCUUUGCAUUGGUUUAAAGACAUCCAUGUCGGAACGGUUCAGGCCUUGGUCAGUGACCUCGUGAACCAUGUCUCGGCCAUGAGAUUCGUCACGUUAGAGGUUUUACGUGCGUCUGGUCGGCCACACGGAUUGCUUAACAUAGCCGUAGGGCUUAUCGAUAGCUCGAGACAGAGCGUGCCACUCUACACGCCAUCGUUGUUCGAGCAAGAUCUAAUGUUUCAUCAGAAGAAAACGUUAUCCACGAAACCAGAGGUGGUCGGUUUAAGACGUUCGAAAAGCGAAACGAGUUCUAUGGUAGAAUCAGAGCUUAGCCGUAUGAUGAAGAGGCGAAACAGCGCUAAGAACGUCGGGAUCGAAGAGGGUAUCGUGGAUAGAAACCCGACAUCGAACUCGAUCAGUUCAUCAUCGGAUAAAAACGAGUUCUCUUCCGAUUCUCAAAUGGUCGUGUACCAUCCUCCGAACAAGACACCGAUGACAGCUUCCAAGCCAAAGCACGUGGUUCAUGGGACACCGAUGAGGCCGAGGAACAUAAGCUAUGUCCCAAAAAAGAACAACGUGGAAUAUGGAACACCGAUGAGGAAAAGACCAGCGGUGGUCAUAACCGAGUCAGAGCUCGGUCCUUCUGCUUCAGUGGUCGCGGCCCAGAUCGCGAAAGAGAGAGCAAUGACCGGAAAAGAAGUCGAAAGCACUGUGAUAAGUGUCGGUGAACGAAGCGUCGAGGGUUUACAGUCGAAGCUAGAGAGGUGGCAAGCGAACUUACCGCCGGUUCUUGACGCGGGUUCGAGCUAUCAAGCGAGUUCGGAUUACAAGAAGAGCUCAAACUACAAACCCACAUCGAAUUAUCAACCGAAUGAAAUAACCGGUGGUGGAGGUCGAACCGGGAAACAUCCAAUGGCGAUUGAACCGGUUAAGAAACAUACCCGAAGACAUACAGAUGGAGGAAACAGCGGUUUGUUUUCGUGUUUUAGUAACAUCUGUGGGAUCGAAUGUUCUAUUGUGUGUGGUGGCGGUGGUGGAGGGGCAAAGGGUUCUAAGCAGAAGAAGAGACAGAAGUGAAGAGAUGCAAAAAAAAAAA